AUGGGCACCAUUUUGGCGGGCUGUAUUUUUGUGCCUGGACAGCCUAGUUACGGGCAUUCAGAAUUGGAAAGGCUGCUCACAGUUGCAAAGCCCUCGGUAAUCUUGACUCAACGGGCGCAUCUAGAUGUCCUUUUGGAGGCUGAAGGUAAAGUUUCAUGCCCAGCCUUGGAGCGGAAAUCCAUCUUUAUUUUUGAUGAUGACAUUCUUGAUAGCACGGGUAGAUCAUUCCUCGAUAUACCUCACUGGCAGGAAAUGGUGGGUUCACUAGACGACAAGGACUGGGAGUAUUCCAAUGUUAAAUCCUCUCUUGAUUACAACAGUACCAUUGUCAUAAUGUUCACAUCAGGUACAACCGGGCAUCCAAAGGGUGUCGAAAUCUCUCAUCGCAACUAUAUCUCAGCUGCCGUGAGUUAUAUGCAGCGAGUAUCUCUCCACCCUGACUGGCAGCAAUCGAUGAAAAAUAUCGGCAAGGGUAUCAAUCCAAUUCGUGUUUUAGGCGCGCUCGGAAUGCACCACAUCCUUGGUCAAAGAUCCUAUAGUGUUAUCUUCCCAAAGCUUGGAGUUCCGCUAUAUCUCCUGUGCCAGCCAAGUGUGCAGAAUAUCUUGAACGCCGUGGAAAAUUUCAAGAUUUCUGAUGCAAUCAUUAGGGGUUCCAUGCUUACUGAAAUUGCGAAAGCCCCUGCUUAUAAUCUUGGAGAAGAGCUAUAUUCUCUGAGAAGAGUGGAGGCAUCUGCAGCUCCAAUGGGACAGUCAACCAAAACAAUACUGGAGCAAAUAGGCGUCGGGGGAGUUACCCGGGUCUGGGGAUUGACUGAACUUGGAUUGAUCACCGGCCAUGAUUUGAUAGCCUGCUCGCCGUCUCAAUCUGUUGGGGAACUCCACGCCAACUUUGAGGGUAAGGUAACGGAUACAAGUGAGCCAUGGCGGAUCGUGAAACGUAAUACCAUUGGCGAUAUUUGGAUCCGUGCGCCUAGCCUUAGCACAGGGUACUAUCAUAAUCUAGAGGCUACCUGUGAAGCUUAUGGAGCCGAUGGGUGGUUCUCUACUGGGGAUGUAGGAUAUGUUGAUGAAAAUGGAAUGUGGUAUAUUGUGGAUCGUAAAAAAGAUUUGGUUAAAGUGAACGGGAACCAUGUAGCACCGACUGAACUGGAAGCAGUGCUACUUCGUCAUCCAAAAAUCGUGGAUACUGGAAUCAUCAGCGUUUCUGUAUGCCAAGAUGAAGGACCACGUGCAUACAUCGUAGCCGCCCCUGAAUCGGCACUGUCCGCCACUGAAGUUAAUCAUUUCAUGGCCGAUAAGAUUGCCCCAUAUAAGUAUCUUUCUGGAGGUAUCUCGUUCAUUCCAAGUAUCCCGCGGAAUUUGAGCGGAAAAAUCAUGCGGGAACAACUGCGAGAACUAGCCAAGAUGGAACUUAGUUGCUACAGAGGGCACUACCAUGGAAUACACGCAGUGACCACUAGAAUUGCCUCACUUUAA